AUGAAGGCUUACGGGAGAAUCUUCGCGCCAGCACUUCUCUUGUUCUUCUGUGGGAUUACCAAAUGCGUAUGCAAGCCCUGGGACCUGAAGAGAGUCAGCGUCAACAGCCUGGUGGACUCUUCAUCUGGCUCAGAAGGGAAGGGCGAGAGCGAGAUCAAUUCGCUUCAGGAGUACGUUGGAGCUGCAACGCAGCAUUUCCAGGCCAGCCAUGGAAGGGGAAGACUGCAGCAGGAGCCAUCUGGCGGCGGCGGCGGCGGCGGCGACGACGACACUUGUACAGUAGAGGAAAUCUGGAAGCCCUACAACCUAUGCGUAGACCUCGCACCCGCCUACUCCGGUCGGCUCAGCUGCCUGAAACACCUGGUGCGUGGCAACCCGGACACAGCCCAUCGCCUGGUGAAAUCCAACCUCUCCGCAACGUUCCAUCAGCUCUACACCAAGGAAUCACUGAAGCUGCACGACAUCUCGCAUUUCUUUGCAAACAACGGUGUCAUGAGCCGCUGGAAGGUGCUCACCUCGGCUCGAGGUCUUCGGACGAUAGCCGCGGGCACCCUGCUGGGGGCGAUCGCGGUGUUCUACUACGGCGACGGCGGCACUGACCAGGACCCGAAGCCGACCGACAUCACCAUCACGUAUGCGCUGCUAUGGUCUGCUCUCGUGAUGGAGUACGUCUUGCCCACCGUGAUCCACCACACGUUUGGCAGGAUAGAGCGACUGUGUACCGGGCACCGGACAUGGCCGGACCAGGUCGCGCAGUACAACCUCAUUGGGUACGUGGCUCGUAGCAGGAAGCAUUCCUGGCUUAUGAAGGUGGCAGCCUGGCUGGGCUGCAGGGACCUGGUCGACCAGCUCUGGACCAUGAUGCCGUGCAAGGGUUCGUCGUCCAAACAAAUCACCGGCCUCGUCCACGGCCACGUCGCCGGAGGGUGGACGGAGGGUCACAUUGCCGGCGCGGACUCGUUCCGGGCGUUCAACGACUACCGGGGCCAGUGGACUCUCAGUCUCAGCAGGGAGGUCGCCGGGGUUCAGCGCACCAGCAUACCGUCCAUGGUACUGAUGAGCAGCGUGUCGAGGCCGUUCGACGAGAGCGUCCUGGUCUGGCACCUCGCCACCGAUUUCUGCUUCCACCUCCUCCAGGAGGACCCGUCCCCCUCCAGCGCCGCCGCGCGUCGCUGCAGGGAGAUGUCCAACUACAUGGCGUACCUCCUUUUCGUCAAGCCGGAGAUGCUGAUGCCCGGUGCCCGGCGCAACCUGUUCAGGGACGCGUGCGGCGAGCUCAUGGAUGUGCUCGAGGAGGAUCCUCCGCGCACGCCGCGGGGGCGGGGCAAGAGGGGCCUCGCGCACAGGGUCAUCCAGCUGCUCAAGAGGGACGGCGACGGCGACGGCGUCCUGGGCUCAGCAGGCGGCAGUGUCGUUCGUCAGGCUUGGAGCGUCGCCGAGGAACUCAUGGAUUCGCACAAGGGCAACGAGGAGAAGAUGUGGACGGUGAUCCAGGGCGUGUGGGUGGAGAUGCUCUGCUUCUCGGGCAGCAGGUGCAAAGGCUACCUGCACGCCAAGAGCUUGGGCACGGGCGGGGAGUACCUGACCUACGUCUGGCUCCUGCUCUUGUACAUGGGCAUCGUUUGA